AUGCAGAGCCUGAUCGCGGGCAGCCCCCUGGGGCGCGCGGCAGCAGCGCCGCGAGGCGCCGGCCCCCGCCCCGCCGCCACCCGCCUCGUCGCGCCGCCGCGGCAGCCAGCCAGGCGCGGCAUCGUGGCGCGGUCCGACCUGGCUUCUACCACCUUCACCCUGCUGGAGUAUGAAUACGUCUGGUCUGGGGAUGAGCUUGUGCAGAAGCGGGAGCCGUGGAUGGCAGAGCACUUGCGGGUGCUGCGUGAGGCGGUGAGUCACGGCGGCGGCGGCGGCUGUGUGCGGUUGCGGGCGGGCGUGUGGCGGCGGUGGAUGGGGCGCUUUCAGGCUGCCUCGGGCAAGCUGUGGAUGUUUGGCCCGGUCAACGAGCCGAUCAGCGGCGGCCUGCUGGUGUGGAAAGAAACGAGCGAGGAGGACAUCAGAGCCUUCAUGCAGACAGACCCCUUCUACACACAAGGCGUGGUGAAGAGCUGGACGCUCCGCCCCUAUUACGUUGUGGGCGGCGCGGGCGGCCUGUGA